GUUUUGCCCCUGGGGCCCCUGCCGAUGGGCCCAGAAUUGCCGCUUCUCCCACGACAGAAAGUCAUCCCAUAUCUGCAGGUACUUCCAGAGCGGGUUUUGCAGCUACGGAGAGCGAUGCAGCCGCGCGUUCUGUGGGGGCUGCAUCCGCAAGUGGCGUCGCAGCCGGGACUUCCAGAGCACGGUCAUCAAGGCCUGUCCAGAGUGCCGGGUCACCUCCAGUUACUACAUCCCUCACAAAUACUGGGUCUCAGAUGGGGGUGAGAAGGAGAAGCUCAUUGAAACCUUCAAGGCGCGGACGGGGAAAAUCAGGUGCAAGUUCUUUGUCCAGAACCGUGGCCGCUGCCCGUUCAAGUCAGACUGUAUCUACCUGCACGAGCUGCCCGAGUUCAGCCCUUCUCCCUUGGAAAGCUCUGAUGAGGAGGAUGAGUUCUGCAUGCUCGAAUGGGCUUUCACCCUGGCCCUGAUGGAGACGGACUUUCGCUUCUUCACGGACUUCAGUGACUCCGACUAA